AUGGCUGAGCGACUUAUUCCCUGGCUGAAUGGCCGACUGGAUCCUCGCCAGGCGUACACGUUCGACCGUAACCAUAUCACUGCGAUGUUGCAAAACAUCGUACUUUCCCCUGGUGUAUACGGCGUUCCCGCUCAGAAUGUCGCCAGACUGAUGUCCAUACACCAGGAUAUCACUCGUCUUCGGUGCCCAGAUGGUCAAGAUUACCUCGCCCCGGCACCACCGCAGAAUAUCGACCGCCAAGUUCAUCCCCGUUGGCCUAGAGGGAUCGCAAGGUUCCAGCUUAGAAGGUCGACCUACGAUGGAGUCGAGUACUGGGCACUCCCAGACCUCCUUGGGCUCUUUUUGAGCUCUUUGGGUCCGGCUCCAAUCGGGGCGACGAAGCGGAACUUUUACCUCCCGGUCACGGCUGUGUAUGGACAGUGGUGUACCAAGCUCCUUACCGGGGUGAUGCCAAGAGUAUAUCAGUGUUCUUGGACAGACACGAGGGAGUUCUCUCUUGGUGCCUCCAGAGGAGGCUUUGCUGUCCAGGAUGAUAUAGGGUCCUGGCUGGCCGUCUUGGAUCGUGCUCGGUACGGCAUUAUAAGGUCUCCAGCGCUACAGAUCACUUGGUCGCAGACGUGGACUCCUAAUCUCCGGAGAGUAGGGAGCACGGCUGGCCUUUGGUCGUUGUGCUGA